AUGACUCUUCCUGCUGUGCUUGCAGUCGCGAUACUGGGCCUCCAGGCCGGCGCCCUUCCAGAGAGAGAUAACCCAGCCAUCUUGCGACGGGCAUGUCCGGACUACACCUCCUACGCAUCAUCACCGCAUGCUCCCUACAGUGGGGGUCCCUUGAACCUUCCCUUUCAACGACCUGCGGAAGCUUGCCGGACCUUCUCAUCGCCCGCUGUGGAGAAGGUCAUUGACGAUAUCACAUCGCGGCUAGUCGAUAAAGACCUAGCUCAACUAUUCCGAAAUGCAUUCCCGAAUACCCUGGACACAACAAUCCGGUGGCAUACAAAUGGAUCAACAUCAUCCGGUACCAAUACCAGGCGGGAUGGCGCACAAUGGACCGGCGUGCAGACCUUCGUUGUGACAGGCGAUAUCAAUGCUGAGUGGCUGCGUGACUCGACAAACCAGCUCACAAACUACCAGACACUGGCUGCCAAGGACAAGACUCUCUACUCGCUUAUCUUAGGUGCUAUCAAUACCCAAUCCGAGUUCGUCAUUCAGUCCCCCUAUUGCAAUGCUUUCCAGCCGCCAGCCCUCAGCGGUAUCAAGCCCGAAGCCAGCACCCAAAAAGAUACUGUACAUCCUGCAUAUGACGAGUCCUUUGUAUUUGAAUGCAAAUAUGAACUUGACUCUCUGGCCCAUUUCCUACAGCUAGGCACCGAGUUCCACGAGAAUACUGGUUCAACUGAGUUUUUGACUGACAGAUGGUACAAAGCGCUGCAAACUGUGCUCAAAACCAUCGACGCGGAGUCUCAGCCCACAUUCAAUACCCAGGGCCAGUUCGUUAAAAAUCAGUACACGUUCCAGCGACAGACUACCAUUGGCACCGAGACCCUCAGCCUAGCUGGUGUUGGAAAUCCGCUAAAUGGCGAGACUGGCCUAAUUCGCAGCGCGUUCCGACCUAGCGAUGAUGCUACGAUUCUAGGCUUCUUCAUUCCACCCAACGCUAUGAUGUCAGUGCAGCUGCAAAAGACAGCGAAAGUUAUCAAGGCAGCCGGUGGGCCUGCAGGUCUCAUUGCAGAUCUACAGGAGCGCGGUACCAAGCUAGCCAAGGCAGUUCGAGAUCAUGGCAUUGUUCAACACCCCAAAUAUGGAGAUGUUUAUGCAUUUGAAGUCGACGGGUACGGAUCACGUAUUCUCAUGGACGACGCCAACAUCCCAUCGCUGCUUGCGCUACCCUACCUCGGUUUCGUGGACAAAUCAGAUCCCGUCUACCAGAAUACACGCAAAAUGAUCACCGACAAGGCCUCCAACCCAUACUACCUGGUGGGUCCGGAGUUCCACGGCAUCGGUGGUCCACACAUCGGUCUUGAGAAUGCCUGGCCCAUGUCUCUACUUGUUCAGGCUAUGACCUCCGACGACGACGCUGAGAUCAUUGAAAAUCUAAAUCUCGUUCGUGACUCCAGCUUGCUUGGGCUUGUACACGAAUCUAUCAAUGUUACGAACAUCAAGGACUAUACCCGUCCUUGGUUCGCGUGGGCGAAUUCAGUCUUUGCACAAACUGUUCUUAAAAUUGCGGCUGAGAGGCCUCAUUUGAUAUUUGGUGCCAAUGCAAAGCCUUACAAUGUUCAAUAG